CCUCCACCUGAUCCUUCACCUCCACCUGAUCCUUCACCUCCACCUGAUCCUUCACCCCCACCUUCAUCCAGUCCUGAGAUGAUGUCAGAGGAAAUAAAUCAGGACUAACAGACCUGAGGAAAAGUCAUGAUCCUCCUUAAUGCCAGAAUUCAGAGGUUUUCUCCAGAGGUCUUAGAAACAGUCUGAACCCUGGGCUGAGACUUUAAACAGGAUCAGUCUCUGUAGUCCCUCAUCCUCUCAGAGAAGGACCACGUCUCUGAAGGUCUGAGCUCCCUGCAGCUCACCCUGAACCUUAAAGAUAAAUCUGUGGGACAGUUCAAACUCUGAAUAUUAAAACUGUAAACUGUGUCCCUGCUGCUGCUCUCAGCGUCCUGCGGGGGGCCGCGGGCCACAGGCUGAGAAACUCUGUCAGCCGAGCAGCGGGAAGGAAAGACAAAGUGUUUCAAACGGAUCAUUUCACUAAGGAGACCAAACACCAUCAUCAUCAUCAUCACCAUCAUCAUCAUCAUCAGUCAGCCUCCACAUCCCAGCCCCGCCCCUCAGUGACGUCAACGAGGCUGUAUAAGAGGCGCUCAGGCGGGACAGACCCAGAAGAUCCUCAGACCCUGAGACCCUCACACCCUCGCACCCUCACACAGACUGACAGCUGAUGAAGAUGGUGUCCUCCUCGCACCUCCGCUGCCUCCUCCUCCUCCUCCUCUCCCUCACCGCCUCCAUCAGCUGCUCCUCCGCCGGGCAGAGAGACUCCAAACUCCGCCUGCUGCUCCACCGGACCCCGCUGCUGGGCUCCAAACAGGAUGUCUCUCGGGCCUCUCUGGCGGAGCUCCUCCUCUCUGACCUCCUGCAGGUGGAGAACGAGGCGAUGGAGGAGGACGAGAGCUUCCCUCUGAGUGAAGGAGAACCCGAAGACGUCCGCUUGGAUCUGGAGCGAGCGGCCGGCGCCGGGCCGCUGCUCGCCCCCCGAGAGAGGAAGGCCGGCUGCAAGAACUUCUUCUGGAAGACGUUCACCUCCUGCUGAGCGCCGCUCCUCCAGCUCGCCCUGUACAGACUCUUUCCUCUGAUGAUCCUCUCUGAAUGUAAACAACAUCAAAAUAUUUUUAACUGUUGAUUGAAUAAAAUCUGUUUGAGACAAA